CGGUGUCUCCUCUCUCUGCAGCAGCAGCAGCAGCAGCGGCCAUGCUGCCCUCCGCCGCCUCUCUCCUCGCUGCAUCCCGGCCAUCACCCCUGUAUCCCGGCUAAAGCGCACCGGCUCAACCCGGCCCGGAGAGCCCGAGCAGACCGGAACACGGCACCAGGGUGGAGGGGAAAGCGGGGCAGAAGAGGAGCAAGCCCUCCCUAGCAACAGAACCGGUUUCACGGCAUUACAUUGGGAAACGGAGGGAUGCCGAGGACGCAAAUGGAAGGCAAAAUGUGACCGAAAAAACGGAUUAGUCGGACCACAAAGCAACGAUCAAGGUUUAAAUCCGUUGUUCCCGGGGUUGAAAGCCAGAUGAUCGAGGUUACAGCUGGGUAACUGACACUGCAGCAAGGUUACUGCGAGGACGAGGCCAAAUAGCCAAGGAGAGGGUUGAGGUUUGACGUUGACAUUUUUGCUUCCUUUGAGCUUUCUUAGUAUCAGUCUCCAACCAUCAACCAUCAAGUUUGAGAGUGUUACUGCUGGAUUUACAACAAGAUGUCUUGAUGUAAAAACCUGGGACUACAUUUGUCAUAUUCACAUUGGGAUUGCACUUGAAUUACGCUUGACUUUGUCGGACUAUGACCGGUCUACACAUCAUCCAACUGGUUCUACAGUGUUUUAGAGGUCUUCAUUUAGAUUGUGUUGGGGAUUACAGCUAGCAUUGGCGAACCCAACUACAUUCUGACAAUUACCACCACAUUCAAAAACUGGUUCUUCACCACUUUUCAUGGAUUAUAAAAAUAUCUGGGUUCUUUCCAGUUAGUCUCCAACCUUAUAACACAUAUCUUAUCAAACCUAGAGCCGCCCCUGGAUUUGCUGACCAUCUUGACUUGGAAGAUGAACCUUGUGUAGCGGGGAGUCUUUUGCUAUCGCCACAAAUUUUCACCAUGUCUUUGAGCAAGACUCUCGAGUUGGAGCAUUUCGACGAACGCGACGCCAAGAUUCGCCGGGGUCGCUCCACCCGGGCCAAGAGAGAUGACUCCACCGGCAGCACUGGCGGCGGCGGAGGGUCCGGUCCGAGCUCCAGGGGCAGCAGUCUGGUCCCUAGCCCUGCCCACAGCGCCAACUGCAGCUACUACCGGACCCGGACCCUGCAGGCGCUCACCUCGGAGAAGCGAGCCAAGAAGGUCAGGUUUUACCGCAACGGGGACCGAUACUUUAAAGGCCUGGUGUACGCCGUGUCCAGUGACCGCUUCCGCUCGUACGACGCGCUGCUAAUGGAGCUGACACGCUCACUAGCGGACAACCUGCAUCUGCCACAAGGCGUACGCACCAUCUACACCAUAGAUGGCAGCAAGAAGAUCACCAGCAUGGACGAGCUGGUUGAAGGUGAGUGUUAUGUUUGCGCCUCCAACGAGCCUUACCGAAAGGUUGACUACACCAAGAUUUCCGUCCCGAGCUGGAAGCCCGGAGCCGGGACUGGCGCGGCAGGCUCCGGCCGAACGUCCACAGCGUCCACAGGAGUGUCAACAAGCAUAGUUGCUGCUGCUGCAGCCGCCGCUGCCGCCGCCGCCGCCGCCUCUUCCUCCUCCAAGGAUCGCGUCGAAGGUCGGGAGGGCAGGGAGAGCAAAGACUUCAUCAAACCCAAGCUGGUGACGGUGAUCCGAAGCGGCGUGAAGCCCCGCAAGGCGGUGAGGAUCCUGCUGAACAAGAAGACGGCGCACUCCUUCGAACAAGUUCUGGCAGACAUCACCGAGGCCAUCAAGCUGGAUUCUGGAGCAGUAAAGAGGCUCUACACGCUGGAUGGGAAACAGCUGACCUGUCUGCAGGAUUUCUUUGGGGACGACGAUGUGUUCAUGGCGUGCGGACCGGAGAAGUUCCGCUACGCUCAGGACGACUUUGUGCUCACACACGGCGGCAAAUCGCAGGCCUUCGUGAAUGAGUGCAGGGCCAACAAGGUGUCUCGCUCGAGUGCCCCUCAAAAAACUCCGAAGACCCCCAGCAGUUCUGGCCUCGCCUCUUCUAGGACUCCUCCCAAAGGCCCGUCCAGGACAAAGUCACCGGGUCCAGCCAAUGAGGCUUCAGGAUCAACUGGGAGAUCGUCCAGAUCCAGCCCGUCCCCCACCAGCCCCGGGACGCGACGCAGCCUCAAGAUAUCUCCACAUCGCACUUCCUCCACAGAUGUGAACGGAGAGGCGGAGCAGCUGGAUGAGUCCACCGUCGAAGUGAACGGUAAUCGAUCGGUUUCCUCCUCCAUGAUCAACGACAAGUACAAGGUCGGGAAAGUGAUCGGAGACGGAAACUUUGCUGUGGUGAAGGAGUGCGUCGAGAGGUCGACGGGACAGGAGUUCGCCCUGAAGAUCAUUGACAAAGCUCGCUGCUGUGGGAAGGAACACCUGAUAGAAAACGAGGUGGCGGUCCUGAGGAGAGUUCGACAUCCGAGCAUCAUCCAGUUGAUCGAGGUGGACGAAACGCCCUCUCAGCUCUUCCUGGUCAUGGAGCUCGUCAAGGGCGGCGACCUGUUCGACGCCAUCACCUCCUCCACCAAGUACAGUGAGCGCGAUGCUAGUGCCAUGGUGUUCAACCUGGCCGGUGCCAUCAAGUACCUUCACCGGAUGAACAUCGUACACCGAGACAUCAAACCAGAGAACCUGCUGGUGUGCGAGUAUCCGGAUGGCACCAAGUCCCUGAAGCUGGGGGAUUUCGGUUUGGCCACAGUCGUAGAAGGACCACUCUACACUGUGUGCGGCACGCCCACGUACGUCGCCCCGGAGAUCAUCGCUGAAACCGGCUAUGGACUGAAAGUGGACAUCUGGGCAGCAGGAGUGAUCGCCUACAUCCUGCUGUGUGGAUUUCCUCCGUUCAGAAGUGAGAACAACGUCCAGGAGGAGUUGUUUGACCAGAUCCUCAGAGGGAAGCUGGAGUUUCCGUCUCCAGACUGGGACGCCGUUAGCCUCCAAGCAAAGAUGCUGAUUAGUCAAAUGCUGCAGGUAAAUGUGGAUGCUCGUUUCACUGCCGAGGAGGUCCUGUUACACCCCUGGGUGACGGACGAAGCUCCUGUGGACUCCAACACUGUGAGCAGCGCUGAGGACCAGAUCAGUGGAGACACACUGGAACCAGAGCAGGAAUCCCCAAUUCUGGAAACCAAACAAGUUCCCUCACCUCUGGUCUAGAGCACAGCACUUUUCAUCAGCUGGAAAUUAAACAUAACACUCCCACUUUGGUCAGCUGGAAACCUGGGAAGUUUUCCCACCUAUUGUCUAGAACUAAGUUUGUCUUCUGGAAGUCCAAGUCCCAGUCUAGGACCAGAACAUCUACUACAACCCAAAUCCAUUCUCUCCCGUCUCAUUUUGAAUGUCCUGCUCUAUCUACUACAAAACAAACGUUCCCUCACCUCUGGUCUCGAGUGGACACAGAUAAUUUCCCUCUACUCUACGACUUGUGAUUUUCAUCCACAUGUUUUUUCCUUUGGAAGUCAAGAACAGAAGAUCCAGUCUAGAAAAGGAUCCAUUUCAAUGUACUAGAAAUUCAAAACAGUUCUUUCCAGUGUGGUAUCGAAUACCCUGCUGUAUUUACUGGAAACCAAACAAAUUUCCUCAUCACUGGUGGAGAACACAACACCUUCAACACUUUCGACCGGAAAUUAAACUUUCUCCCCUUUUAGUCUACUGGGAACCCAGAGACUAGUCCUCUAUUCUAGAACAGGACUAGUUUUCAUGUAUUACAAACCAAAUGCAUUCCCCCCUCCUGUCUCAAAGUUCCUGCUGUGUCUCCUGGAAACCAAACCUUUUAACCCACUCCUCUUUUGGUCUACUGGAAACAUAGAAUGGAAACAGACAAGUCCCCUCUACUCUAGAUUCUGUGUUAUCUCCUCUUGUCUAGAACAUAUCCUAUUUAACUCUUUUGGGAACUAAAUCACUUUUAACUUCUCGAAGUCCGACUUGAUCCACUGUAGAACAGGAGCUGUUUUCAUCUUCUACAAAUCCAACACAUGCAAAUACAAUGUCCUCACCUUUGGUCUAGAAGACAACACCUUCCAACAACUGGAAUUUAAACAUAACAAAGUUUUCCCACUUCUGGUCUAGAGUGGAGACAAACAAGUUCCAUCUAUUCUACAACUUGUGUUUCGUCCUCAUGUCUAGAACUCAUCUUAUUUAAAGUCUGAGAUCUUGAACAGGACGUGUUUUCAUCUACCACAAAUAAAAUACGUUCCACCCAGUCUGAUGUCAAAUCUCCAACCAAACAAGUUCUUGGACAAGGACAACUGACAUUAUUUCCACUUCUGGUUUACAACACCCCUCUGCUUGUUCAACCGGUCACAUUCCUUCUUCUGGAGAUCAAGUCAGUUCAGUCUCUCUCAGAACACAUCAAUAGGAAACCAAUGAAUUCCUUCGUCUCUGGUCUAGAAUCCACAGCAGCUUGUCUACAAGAUUCAAAACCACCACUGUUGGUCCAGGAAUCAUCAACCUUUAAUGCAGAAUGUCUAGUCUAGUUGAAUCACUCCUAAAAACUAAAUAUGGUGCCACAUGUUGAAAAUGUUCUCUUUCAUCUUCUACAAACAGGACAAGAAGCUACACCUGUGGCCCAGAACCUGUUCCUCUUUCUUCUAAAAGACUCUGGUCAACAAUCCCUUCACUUAGAACAGUGUUUUUUCUGUCACCUGGUCUUUGAAGUUGCAUCGUUUUCCUGGAAACUGAUCUAGGCCAUUUGUUCCAUUGGCAACAAACCAGGUUUUCCAGUAUUAUCGCUGCAUCUGAUCUAGACUAUGUGCCAUUUAUUCUACAUUAGACUUUUAAAUGGCCCAUCUCUGCUGCUGAUUAAAGUCCAAUUGAAUCUCUUAUCAAACACUCGCUUUGUUUUGGUGGGACAUAAAUGAAGUCACCUCCCUGCUACUUGAAGGAUAUAUGACAUAUCAACACUAGGACACCAUGACGGUGCUAUUGGACUCAUCCAGUUUCAUCAUCUAGUGACUCGUUUGGACUGGGUGGUCAAUUCCCGAAAAGGGCCAUUACCUCUGAUCUGAAUGACACUAAAUGGCUGUGAAAAAUGGCCUCAACCCACGUUGGUUAGGGAUAUGAACAUCUGAUUCAUUUACAAACUCUCCCUCUGGUUUAGGGAUUAAGCUCCUUGCAGUCCCUGCCGCUAGGCUACCAGGAAGUCUUCCAUUUAUUCUGGGAAACGUCCCAUUUCUUCUGCCUUUGCCCUCCAGCUCUCCUUCUGCCGGCCCGGAGGACGUUUCUCAUUUCCUUUUCUUGGCACUCACCAACCGGGGAGAUAAUUGAGUUCUGUGCCUGUUUACGCUGCUGAGCAAUUCUUCUAAUAUCCUAAAUUCUCUUCUCCAGGUUCAGAAGCUACCACUUCUUAUUUAUUGUAUUUAAAUCUAAGGCUCAUUGUUUUGAGAAAAUGUGCACAAUUGCUCGCUGAGAAGGCGAUUAGCCGAGGUUAGCCCAAAGACGGAACAGGAAAUCAGCUAGUCCAGUUCCGUCCAACACUCACCCAUUAAAGUAUGUUUUUGUUUGUUUUAAGUGUUGUACAGUGUGUUAGCAGUAAGGCAGCUUUAGAAGAGUUGGUUGGUUGUAUUUAUUGAGUUAAAGAGUAGCUAUUUCCUGUCGUUCUGGUCUUUUGUCAAGCUAGGUCAACUGUAUCCUGGCUUUGAUUUGAGAAACUUAGAUCCAUGAAAGUUCAUAUUUCCUGAAUAUGUUCCUUCCAACAAAGUCUCAAGUUCUUAUCAGAAUAUGUGUCCUAUAACUUCAUUAUGGGGCACCCAAUUGGACUUUGCUUCAACCAAUCAGAGCCAUGUAGUUGAAAAUAAAUUCAACUCCAUUGCACUCAGAUGACAUGUGCGACUACUGUUGCCACUCUAUCCAUCAUCGCAUGAAGCAAAUCUUUGCAGGAGCAUAAUUUCUUUCCAGUGGAGAGACUCUAGACCACGUUCUUGCCACAAAAGAUUUAUGGGGUGGAAAAGUCGGGCUAGCUACCUGAUUAGUUUUUGACUGAUAAGAACUCAAAACAAUGAGCCAACAGAGACGUCUCCUUCUGUCUCAGCCUCCUUCUGUCCUUCACCUAUUCCCUAGACUUUGUACUGUAUCUCAAAUUAACUGAGUGACAUCCUGAACCUCACAGUUUCUUAAACUAUUCCAACAAGCUUUUGAGGUUUUUACCAUGAAGUAUGAGCUCUCUGCCUCUCCUCGGUUUACAGCAGUUUACGGAGGAUAAGAUAUGUUGUAAAUACUGUAAAUAUCAUUCUGUCUGAUGGUGUCUGUCUGUGUGAAUCAGUUGUGAAGUAGGGAAACAGUAGCAAAAAAAGAAAAAAGAAAAGAAACAAUCUUGUCAUCCUGAAAAUAUUUGUCUCUUGAAAGAAAUAAAUCAUUUUCCACACUGGUAUUGAAACAUUUUAAAAUGUAUUUUCCAAUAGUUAGCUUCUUAUUCAACUAAAAAAAAAAAAAACUAAAAAAAAAAAAUAACACACAGAGGAAGGAAAAUGAAAUUAGAAGUUCCUGAAGGGUGUUGACGAAGCAUAAAGAAAGAGUUCUUACACAAAUCACUAGACGAGGACAAAUCUCUUUCCUUGUAUGGUCAUGUGUCUGUAAGAUGUGGUGUCAACCAAUGAUAUUGCUCCAUCCAUGCAUCCAUCAUGCUGUCUGUCAGAUAUUAGUGGUUAUUCAUUCCUGAAGGAAAAGUGUGUGUGUAAAUACAUGUGUGUGGUGUAGUUGACUUUUAGAUGAAAGGAAAGUAUGAAGUAUACACGAAAGUUUGGAGACACCUUCUCAUUCAAUUCAAUGAGAAGGUGUCUCCAAACUUCCAGACUAGUAGUGUAGGUGCGAGUGCUCGUCUGCAUCAAAGGAAGGGGUUUACUUUUGUUAAAACUUGAAAAGAAAAGGUAGCCAUCUGGGUGAAUGUGUUGACCUGAUUCAGUGUUGUUGACCUUGACGCCACCUUUGAACUUAGUGCAACCUUUUCCAUGGCCUUGACCUUGGGCCGGGGCUGCUGAUUAAGAGUUUGGCAGAGUUUGCUGCUGAAGUUGAAAGACCCAUUUAAAACAAACAAAUAAUUCACAACUACUCAUAAGUUAGGACCUCAGAAAGAUAUAUUUACAUAAGCUACUAUACAUGCAUACAGGACUUAGGGUUAUGCAUGUGCAGUCCAUCGAGACAUUCAACAUUUAUACAGACCCUUGAGGACACGUGUCAACAACCAAACAUGGGCGUAAACUAUGAACUUACCUUUAGUAGAAAUUCACGAAGCAUCUGCAAAAAUGCAGUCGACUGCAUUGUUGAGGUUGCUUUGUUUCAGGCGAGUCGAUUGAACAAUGGUGAAACAGCUUCACUGGAAAGUGACCAAAGCGACAACUACUUAAAAAACUAGAGAUGUUGCUCCCCGUAGAUUCCCAAAGUCUUUUAUUGUCUUCCUUUCAUUCCCCUGGAUGUGAUUGAUUUAUUCCAAUAAAUCUUUCUUUCAAAGUUGAUGUAGUGUGGACAGGGUAGCUCGUACCUUGUGUUCUCUAUGCCAUUAAAUGCCACUAAAACACUACAAAAAGUUGCUUUGAUGCCACUGGGAUGUUUAGGUCUUGCUUUAUGACAAACUUGAAACAAAUAAUUAUAAAAUAUCAAAUAUCAAAAUGCCAGGAUAGGGUAUGAUCCCCGAACAACGGGACAUCCCAACUACGAAAAUACAUUGUGCAUAUCAUGACAAAACAAAUGUUACUAACCUUAGUUGGAACCUCUGGUAAUGAAAACGGAAGCCAACACCGACAUGCCAAAGACUGCAGUUCCUGUAAUGACCACUUGCUGGCUCCAGAAGCAAGCCAAUCCCUAAGAUUGGUGAUGACUGGACACCUAACACAGAGCCUUGAAAUCACCUGUAAAGCAUCUUUACAUACAGUCAGUGAUGUCACAUUUCAGUACAGGAGUCAUUGAGCCUGGCUGAACUUUUGCACAUGGUGUUGUUGGCCUUAGCUCACAUGAUGAACACUUACACAACUUACUACGAUUAGCUGGCGGUUUUGUCCUCAUGCUAAACUACCGUUACCUCCGGGAAGAACUUCAGCAGCAGCCCGACUUUCAAUCAGUGGCUCGGCCUUUGACCUUCUAUGCCUGCUAUGAACCCAGUAGUCUUAAUUAUUUUAUCUUUGCUUCACACCAAACCAAGAGGCGCCUUCUGUCCAUAGCGUUAGCGCUGCAGCCACCCAGGUCCACAAAUCUUUAGGAUUCACGUCAUUUUCAUCGGUCAGUUAAAUCAACUUUCACAUUUAAGUGUGAAAGAGUAUUGUUGAAAGACCAUAAAAAUCAGAACUGCAAGAAAACCUGGACAUUGCAUGGGUUUAAUGUGAAUUUGUUUUGUUGCGCUGUUUAUUCCUUGAAUGCACCGAGAGUGACUUUUCAAAACACUCGAUGCCUGUAGCUGAAUCCAUGUCUGAUUUGUAUGAUCUGAAGGUUACUGACAUUUCUUUAUGAGUUGCACUUGAUACACGAGUGCGUAUUAUUUUCAUUGUGUUGCUGAAUUUGUGUCUUUUAGAUUCAUUGUUGGUUCAUUGUUGGUUCUUUUGACAUCAAUUGUUGAAUUGUUGUUCUAUUUUUUUGGACUGUGCUGAGCAGAGUCGUCUGACCUGGGUGGCUGUGCUUUCCAGGCCCUUUGUGUGUGGUUUUCUAUGAAAUGCAGUGUGUGAUAAUUUCACAUCAUGCCUCGUUAUAGACAGAAACCGUUUUUUUUUUUUUUUUUUUUUUUGUUUUUUUUUUUUAAUGAAGUGCAGUAGACUAAGUAGGAUUUUGAAUGAAACUAGGCUGGUUCUUCUAAAAGGAAUCUCAGUGUACGAGCUGAUUUAUGUAAAGUCCAAUCACUUAAAACAUAUAAACGGCUUAGAUUUAAAUUAAAUUAAUUAAAUUAGUAUAAACUACUCUUUAAGCUUGGUUUGUUUUAUUCCUCACUUUAAAAUAUGGACUGUUUCUCUUUGAGAUGCUUUUAGGGGAACUUGCUGUGGUCUGAAGUGAAAAGAGAAGUGAAAACAAGUGUUUUGAGGACAUGUUGUAGACAUGCUGUUUUUAAUGCUAACGAUGAUCUGUAACGUCAUGUGUGUUGAUAUAAAACAUGUACAGUAUGUUUGCUGGGAUCAGGGUGGAGGAGACCAGAACCCUGGCUGGUAUCGAGAAAAGAUGCAUUCAAAUAAACUGUGAAAAUAAA